AGAGCGGAACACUGACGAGUUCGAAACAUCAAUUGGUGAUCCGUCCGUGUCGUAAAUUUUCAAACAACUGAGAUACGAACAUCGAUGGCGAUCAACCAGAGAAUCAGCAUAAUUAAACGGCGCUAGGUCGAGGAAAACUUUGCCUCAGUAUUUAUAUCAUAUCUAAUCACCUUUAAGAAGAUCAUGAGGGGCCGACAUGAAUUUGUUGAUCAUCUUGAUGAUCGAAAAGGUCUGCGACCAACCCCACCCGGUCUUCCUCGAUAUAAGGAGAGGGAUUCGUCUCCUACCCCUCGUGUGGCGGACAGGUUCACCACUAUGGAGAAACAUCGUCCAGUCUGGUCCAGGGGUCUCACCGCUACGGAACUGGACCGGCGACAGGAACAGGCCCGAGUGAUGAACCACGGUCACCAGGUACUUCUUGAAUCCAAGCUGGGGAAACUUGACCUGAGGGAGAAACGAUCUGUAAAAGACAUCCGACGUAAGACCGAGAACAUGCUAGAGCUCCUGCAGAACAUCCAGACAUCCACCCCGAGGCUUGGUCCAUCCGAAAGGCCAGGAUCAACGGUGACUCCUGACAGUCUUCGCGUCCCUACACCACAGCCAGGAGACAGAUCACCGCGGAUGUUUCCGAGUCAGCAACGAGUUCACGUGUGGGAGGAAUCGUCUUCGAGUGGAGAGAGUCCGGAACACGACGAAAAUUCCUUGACGUCAAGGUCAUCGAUGCAGGACUUUCAUUUGCCACGCUUGAAGUCGAACCCUACAACUCCGAAGUAUAACACACGACGACGUUACAGUGCUAACGACGCCUUGACGCAGUCCAUCGAACGAUUCCAUGUCUUAAAAUCUAAUCUGGGUAGAUUUCCUUCAAGUGAAGCCAUAGAGGAGAAUGAUGAUUUUGUCCGACCCCAAUCAACCCAGAGGAAGGGUCGUGAGAGCCGUCGAAACUCACAUCAAAUAUUACAAGUGGAUGAAGAUGAGGGGAACUACGAAGGCUCAAGAUCACUUUCUAGUUCGAGGAAUGAUCUGGAAUCCAUCUCAAGUCAACGAGGCCAAGGUGAUGAACGACGAUCCUGCGUAAGAUUCGAGGAUCAGGGUUGCAGGUCUUCUUUGAGACAGUUAUCAAAAGGAACUUCUGAUGAUAGUGAUAAUGACGUAUUUUAUGGAUCUCCAUCAAAUGACGAGAUAGACGCUAUUAACUCGGCCAACAACAAUUUUUCAAAGCCUUCUACAGCGCCACCCAUUUCGCACAGUCUGUCAGUCUUAGCUCCAGAAUUCUUGCCAAUCAUCAGAGCUCAGAAUAGGAGCGGAAGACAAACAGACAAGGACAAUGAUGACGAAAACGAUAACGAAAACGACGACGAGGAUGGAAAUCAUAUCGAAGAUGUGUCCAUUGUCGUUCCUUUCCAUCAAAAAACCGAACGAUCAUUACGCAUGGCGAGGCGGAAAUCGCUCGCGGUUAAGCCGGCGACGUUCAGAAACUUAGACAAUCGCCGGAACUCUUCCCCAGAUGUCUUGGUGUCCACAGUAACUCUGAACCAGAGGUUGCUCCUAAGAUCAAGGCAGAUGCCAAACAAGAGUCUCCCAAGCUCGCCGAGGUGCAAGAGAGGUGAAAACGCAGAUCUACAACUGAAGAUUAAAAACUUUCUCGAUAAAACAGAAUCCUUCAUUCAGUCAACGGACCAAUCAGAGAGGGAUAAUUAUGAUUGAUGGUGGCGUGGGUCCUUUACGUAAAAUUCGUAAACUGUUAAUAAUUAUACAUGUCAACGUUUUGCCAACAACCUAUUGUGAUGCAAGGAUUUAGUCCUACAUUUUAAUGUGACGUCAGCGAAUUUAUUAAUCGGUGCAUUUUUGUGUAACAAUCAAGUUGUCAUUGACACUGACGCUUUAUUAUCUGCACGUUUAGAGGUGGAUCCAGCCGGAUUUGAUACAAUAUAUCAUUUCAGGGCUCGUACUAUUUUGUACACAAUAGUAGAUCCCCUCUAAAGUAUUGUGAGUAAUCUGGCUAGAUCCGCCUCUGACACCCCCAUAAAACAUUCAAAUUAAAAAUCUCAAACUAUCAGAAUCUCUAUCUUGCAUCAAUAUAUAUUCUUCCUUCAUUAUGUUCAUGAUGAUCUUGGGUUAUUUCUUGUUGUAAAUAUUAGUUUUAGGUAUGAACAGAACAUUCAGUUAUUCUCGAAUCUGAAGGCUACUUUAUACCUUGCUAGACCUAGAUAUAUGCAAUAGAUCUCGUCCGAUUAUCAUAAUAUGAAUAAGAAUUAUUGGGUUAAAUAUUCGGGGUGGUAAUUAAAGAAGAUAAGUCUCUUUUAACUAAAUAAAUGCAGUGGCCCGUAUUCUGAAGUCAGGUUUUACUUAAACUCAGGUUUAAAAUUGUGGUUUAAGUAUGGAUAGCCAAUUGUUACAUAAAUCAUUAACGGUAGAGAUAUCAUAUUUCAACUCAUUUGGCUCUCAAAUCAUUCACAAUUGUCUAGGAAGUAUAAAGAGAUGAUUGUCUAUUUGUCUUCACCAUUGAUGAAUCAGGAAAGAGCACGGUAAACAUAAGAAACACACAACUUAUACAAAUUUUGACACUUUUGGCUUGUCAUAAUUUAAGCACAGAGUUAGACUAUGGUCUAAAUGUAAGUUAAACAUGACUUCAGAAUACGGGCCAUUUAAUCUAUACGAUACGACUUUCUGAAAGUCUGCCAUUCACCUUUUUAGGCCUACAUUCUUUUUGCUAUCUGUCUCUAAUAGUAUUAUAGAGAGAAUUUUGAGAAUUUAUCCUUCAUCCGAAAUUGUUUUGCCAUAAGAUUAUCGUUGUGGCUGUCUUGACCCCCCCCCCCUCUCUAUCUCUCUCUCUUUCUCCUCCCCAUCCAUCUCCAUCUCACUCCUCUUAUACCCCUUACUCCAUUCCUUCUCUUUCCCCUAUGUGUGUCCUCACUUCAUUCUCUCCCUCCAUCCUCCUUCCUCCAUUGUUUGCUUAUUAUGAUUGAUAUCUUAUUUGUCCUUAUAGAAUUAAUGAUUGGAUUUCUCAUAACCGAUGCCCUAGUCAUAUCAGCGUAACCGACUCCAGACCGAUCAAAGCUAUUUUCAAUGACGUACCAUCGUUCGUUUGAAGCCAGUUUCGUUGGUGUGACUUAACUCAUUACAUAAUGUAUCAUUUUUCAACUGUAUAUGAACGAUCUCAUUCGCACAUGGAUUUCAUAUUUAUAAGAAGUUAUUAUUUUAAUCUCAAUGUAGUUCUUUUUAAGUACCUUAUGUCUAUAAAAAUUAUCUCAUCUUAGUAUCAAGUACAAAGAAAUAUCUUACUUUUUGAGUAAAAGGUAAUUGCAUUUUGUAUAAUAAAAAUGAUAAAGAAAUUUAUAUUAAACACAAAUAUAUGAUUAUAUUAGGCCCU